GCAGCAGCGACUGCAGAGGCGCUGCGCCAGGCGGCCGGAGUGGUGCGAGCCGGCGGGGCUGCGGAGGGCCAGAGGACUCAGUUCCCCAGAGGGUGGUGUUCCAUGAGCAUCAGCCCAGGGCAUGGCAUGCUAAGUGGGCAAGACAGUAAGUGACCCGAGACGUCCCAGGAGGAAAGGGCUGCAGGGCGGAGCCCGACAGAAAGCGUGUGAUGUCUGCAUGAGGACGGGCAGGGACGGUGCUGCAGGCUGGGCAGGCAGCCUGUGCAGAUGUGGGAGCCACUGACAGGGCUUUCCCAGGGGGUCAGCACGCAGCUGAGAGCAGGUCAGAAAGGGUACAAGUGAGAGGGCCUUGAAUGCUAGGAUCAAGAGUUUUGUCCUAAUUUUUACUUCCCUGGGGGCAUCUGAUGAAUUUUGAGGAGUUUCCAGGCCCUCUUCUCCGUUGCUCCUUCUGUCGCCCCGACCCAGGCCCUUCUAACGGGUCUCCCUGACUCUCUUCUUGUCCCUUCCUGGCCAUAGUCCUUGAAGUCCCCCUCCCAGAGGCUUUCUAAAAUUCAAAUCUGAUUGUGUCUCUCCCCAUUUUAAAGUCCUUCCACGGCUACCUGUUGCUCACAGGACAAGAUCCUGGCUUGUGUGGCUGUGUGGCCUGGAGCCCCCUCCUUCUGCAACCUCACCCCCACCAUGCCUCCACCUUCACCAGGUGCCCUGGUUUACUGAGCAGCCUUUUUGCCCAGGCUGCUCCUUCCUUCCCACUUACUUUCUCUGCCUGGUGAACUCCUAUUCAUCCUUCAAGACCCGGUGUAAAUUUCUUUUUGGAGAAGCUUUCCCUGACCCGCCUGAGGCCAACAUCAUGCCUUGAAGGUGUUUCUGCUUUGAAGCUCACAUUGUGUUGUAAUUCUCUACUUCCAAAAUACUGGGUAGCUCCCAUUUGUGAGUGUUUGCUGUGUGGUGGGCCCUGGGCUAAGCCCCAUGCAGGCAUUACCCCAUGUUAUUCUCACAGUAACCAUAUGAGAUGUGUUCUAUCUUAGCUCCACUUACAGAUGAGGAAGGUAAGGCUCAGAGGAGUGGUGUGACUUGCCCGAGGCAGGCAGCUGGAGGGUGACAGAGCUGGGAUUUGAGCCCAAAUCUGUCUGACUCUAUCUCCACGUCCUUCCAUCUCCUGCUCCCUGGAUCCUGCUGUAUCCCCUCGACCCCUGUGAAAUGCCCUCAGGAGAUGCUGGGCGCGUGAGGGAGUGGAAGCAGUGGGUUGCCAUGGUGCAGCAGGUUGGGGAAAUGGAGGGAGGCUGGAGAGAAGGGGCUGGGUUUACUCUGGGUCCAGGUGGUGAGAGACCAUCAGCCCAGCCCCCCACGGCUAAGCGUUUCUUAUCCACCUUCUGUUCCAAGUGGCAGCUUCUGGCCACCUGGGGCCAGGCCUGGGGAACUCCAGACCGAGCAGGCACGCCAUGGCAACCUGCCUCCUCUCUGGGGCCUAGAAGGGAGGGAGGACUGGAGAGAGUACAGGGUGUACACUGAGGCUUCUGAGCAGGAUUCUGGAGAGGCAGGUCGCUGAGGGCCUGGGUGGCUUCUGCCCUCCCAUGAGGGACCCCAGCCUGCAAGUUCUCGUCCCAGCAGGGGAAAUGUCACUUCCACCUCUGUCCCGGAUGAAUGGCUGGCUCUGGCCUCCCAGGAGACUAUCAGCUCCAUCCAGGUAUAAAUGCUGUCCCCUUCUCACCCCCGGGCUAGAGAGGAAGGAAGAGACAGCUCAAAGGAGUGGGGGCUGGAGUUGCCAAACGAGGUAGGAGCUGGGACAGCCAGGACAAAGCCCUCAUUGUCCCAGGGCCAUAGGCAGCUCCCUGGCCAACCGGGCGUCUUGCCUGCCUCCCAGGACCCUCCCUAGAGCUCCACCUGGACUUUCCUAGCUCCUCAGCAACACUCGCCCAAGCUGAUGUGGAAAAGCGAGGCCUGUCCUCCCAUCUGAGCCCUGCCUCCACUGAGAAGUCCUGCUGAAGGCACAGCCUCCUCUUUGCAUCCUCCCAAAAGCCAGGAGGGAGGGAGCGGGGGUGGGAAGAUGGCUGUGGAAGCCAGGCUGACUGGGGCUAGAACCCAGGGUCUGCUGGGCCUGCGGCUUUGUGACCUUAGGCCCAAAUGUGCCAGCAAACCCUGCCUUGAGGACAGCUGUUUGAUAUAAUGGGCCGAGGCUCACAAAAGUGUUCGUUGUGGUUGCCUGGCCACAGAAGGGUUCAUCAGUGGCAGGUGAUCCUUGAAGCCCUGGCCUACACAGGAGGAAGGACGGUCACCCCUGCCCCCCACACCCCACCUGCUCCUUGUCAAGGCCCUGCUGGGCCCAGGAGGCAGUGAGACGUUGGUGGCUCUCCUGACAAGUGUAGGGGUGCACCAUUGUCCCCCCGCCCCUGUUCCGUGCUUCCUCCUCCAGGGGCCAGCCCUGCAGUCCAGGAGACCCUGCCUCGGCAAUUGGGCAUGGGCGUGGGACGCGUCACCAAGCUGGGGCGAGUAGCUCGAGUGACAGGAGUGGUGUCGGCAGCUCCUGCACCCGACACCUCCGGGCAGACAAUGCUGGCUGUGUCUGGGCCCUCUGGGGGAACAGGCCACACUCUGUGUCACAGCCAGGAAACAGGCCACCUGAGCAGCGCCUUUCUUGGCUCAGGAGGCAGCCCCGCCGCUGGUCAGGAUGACCAGGCUCCCCGGAGGCCCUGACGCGGGAAGGGGUGGUGUCCCGGGCUGGGGACUCAGGGUUUGAGAUCCAGCCCCUCAGCAUCUGGUGUUGGCCUGGUUCAGGGUUGGCCCUGCCACACAUGGGGGUGUGACUUGGGCAAGUCCCCUCCCUCUCGGAUUCCUCAUCUGAAAAGGAACGAUCGCAACGCUUCCUCAUAGGCUUGUUGGGAGGAGUCGAUGGCGUAAUGUACGUAAAGCGCUUGGCUGGGGGCCUGGCGCAGAGCGGGGCUCAGUGAGUGCUUCUCUCCCAGCAUGAGGGAGGGUCCAGGGCACAGUGUCCUGGGCUGACCUGUCACCCAGGCUGCUGUCCUUAGUCCCUGCUCUGAGCAUGCCAGGAGGGGACUGGAGUCUCUGGAGCUGGCACAGGACUAGCAUGUUGGCUGCAAAGAGCCCAGGCCCCUCCGCCUUGGACUCCAGGAGCUGAUGCCCAGUGUGGGCCUCUUCCCCACAACGGCCAACACCCAGCCCAACACGGGGCCUCUCUCCUCCUUAAACUCCCAUAGGGCUGCGCUUGGAGCCCAAGGCCUCACCCAGGAAAGGGGCCUAGGGACUCCUGGGCAAGAGCCAGAGGGCCCGAGUCCCCCUACCCACCUGUCAAGAGGGCUGAUGAUGGGUCUCUGUAAUCAUGGUCACUUCCUACUGGGUCCAGCCCACCAAGAUACCCCAGGGGAGGGCUUCUGCUCCCAUCCUCAUCCGCUUUGAGCCUAUGCCCUGAGUUCCUGGUGCAUGUCAGAACCAGCACGCGUAUUUGCAUGGAUGGGUGUGGGCAUGGCUGUGGGCAGCAUGUGUGCUGGAGGGCCUGGCUGCAUGUCCUGCAUUGUGGGCAGCCCCCUGAGCACGUUCACUAAGACUUGUGUGACACAGCUCGGAAUGGCAGAGACAUGGUCCUUUUGUGUUCAUGUGUAUCCAUAUGUCUUUCUACACGUGUGUGGUAUGUCGGUCUGUCUUGUCUCCCCUGUAGACGGGAAGCCCCGAGCCACGCAUCAACGGGCACUCUGGGAAGGUGACGUCGAGACUAGCCCAGACCAAUUUGGGGUUCCUGGUUUUGCUCCAGGAGUCCUCCAGCCUGCAGCCCCUGCUGAGGAGGGAGGAUUGACCAGCACGGGGGUGGGGGUCCAAGUGUCAGGGACCCUGGGGGUGCCUGGCUUGUAGCGUGGAGGACUCAUUGCUGCGCUGGUGGUCAGGAGGCCCCGCCCUGAUGCCCCUGUGACCUCGGGCAAAGCCUUUGCUCUGUCUGGGGCCAUUCGCUCAUCUGGAGAACGUGGGGUUGGACCAGUGAGUUCUGGCCACCCCUGAGGCUCUGACCAUCGUGAUUUUAAGUCGGGUGGCGGGAGCCUGCUAAAUUCGUUGGUGGAGGUGGCUGUGGCCAGAGCCCGGCCUGCCAGACCCUCUCUUGGUCCCGGGCUGUCCUGCUGAAGGGCGAGAGGAGAAGCCAUGCCGGGCAGCGGCCCCAGCGAGAGGAUGACGUGGCCCGGUCCGGCCCUCCCCGCGGCCCCCCCAACGCGCCCUCUCUCCUCAGCCCCGGGGACACCACCCAUCCCGCCCCUCACCCGGACCCGCAGCCUCAUGGCCAUGUCCCUGCCGGGCAGUAGACGGGCCUCUGCUGGAUCCCGCAGGCGCACCUCUCCGCCCGUGAGCGUGCGGGAUGCCUAUGGCACCUCUUCUCUCAGCAGCAGCAGCAACUCGGGCUCCUACAAGGGCAGUGACAGCAGCCCCACGCCCAGGCGCUCCAUGAAGUACACACUGUGCAGCGACAACCAUGGCAUCAAGCCGCCCACCCCGGAGCAGUACCUGACCCCCCUGCAGCAGAAGGAGGUGUGCAUCCGGCACCUGAAGGCCCGGCUGAAGGACACGCAGGACCGGCUCCAGGACCGGGACACAGAGAUCGAUGACCUGAAGACGCAGCUGUCGCGCAUGCAGGAGGACUGGAUCGAGGAGGAGUGCCACCGGGUGGAAGCCCAGCUGGCCUUGAAGGAGGCCCGCAAGGAGAUCAGGCAGCUCAAGCAGGUCAUCGACACGGUCAAGAACAACCUGAUCGACAAGGACAAGGGGCUGCAGAAGUACUUCGUGGACAUCAACAUCCAGAACAAGAAGCUGGAGACGCUGCUGCACAGCAUGGAGGUGGCUCAGAACGGCAUAGCCAAGGAGGACGGUGCCGGGGAGUCGGCUGGUGGGUCCCCCGCCCGCUCCCUCACCCGCAGCUCCACCUACACCAAGCUGAGUGACCCAGCCGUCUGCGGUGACCGUCCCCCUGGCGACCACCCUGGCACCUCCACCGAGGAUGGGGCUGACAGUGGCUUCGCAGCAACCGAUGACACACUGAGCCGGACGGACGCGCUGGAGGGCAGCAGCCUGCUGUCAUCUGGGGUGGACUGUGGCCCUGAGGAGACCUCGCUGCACAACUCCUUCAGCCUGGGCCCCCGCUUCCCCGCCAGCAACACCUACGAGAAGCUGCUGUGUGGCAUGGAGGCUGGCGUGCAGGCCAGCUGCAUGCAGGAGCGUGCCAUCCAGACAGACUUCGUGCAGUACCAGCCUGACCUGGACACCAUCCUAGAGAAAGUGACCAAGGCCCAGGUCUGUGGGACAGUCCCUGAGUCAGGGGACAGGUGUCUGGAGUUGGAUCCCCACCCCCCGGGGCCAAGAGACCCCAGCUCAGCAGUGGUGGUGACGGUGGGUGACGAGCUUGAGGCCCCGGAGCCCAUCACCCGAGGGCCGACUCCACACCGGCCUGGUGCCAACCCCAACCCGUCGGUGAGCGUGACAUGCCCCAUGGAAGAGGAGGAGGAGGCGGCCGCAGCCGAGAAGGAGCCCAAGAGCUACUGGAGCCGCCACUACAUCGUGGAUCUGCUGGCCGUGGUGGUGCCGGCUGUGCCCACCGUGGCCUGGCUCUGCCGCUCCCAGCGGCGCCAGGGCCAGCCCAUUUACAACAUCAGCUCCCUGCUGCGGGGCUGCUGCACUGUGGCCUUGCACUCCAUCCGCAGGAUCAGCUGCCGCUCGCUGAGCCCGAGCGAGGCCGGUGGCGGCUCCCAGCUCUGAGGGGGCCCCAUCCCGGCCAGCGGCCCCGGCGGCCUGACCACUGAUUGUAGGGGUGCCGUCCUCCCUCUCGCACAUUCCUGUGGGGCAUCAUCUUAUUUAUUUAGUUUUCGGUUUGGAAGUGUUUUUUUUUUGGGAUGUUAACAGUGUUGGGGGCUGGGAGGAGAGGUUGAGGGAAGGCACCCCAAAACUUUGAUGGGACAGAAGGGAAGAGAGACCAAGGGCAGGGAGGCCAGCUGACUGGACAAAUGGCAGAGAGAAGCUGGUGAGUCCCCCAGCCCGGCCCCUGUCCACCUGGCCCUUCACACAGGGCAGCCCCUGCUCAGGAAGUCUCGGGGGGGAGGCUGGGCUGAGUUGCCCUUCAGCGCUCCCCCAGCCCCACGUCCUGUCCAGUUCUCUGCUCACUCCAGGCCUUCUCUCCCAAGCCACCCCUUGCCCUCGGCCCAGCCUUCUGGCCAGGUACCAUCUCCUCAGAUGGAGGCAGCUACAGCCCAAAGUAUAGGCACCUGGGACUCUGAACAGGGUCUGGAGCCGCUGGGCCUGGGCUGGAGCUCCAGCCUCCUCAGGUACUGCCCUCUCUGGGAUUCUGAAGCGCAGUCAAGGCCACGGGCUAGAGGAAAGACAAUGACGGGCAAGAGGUGGCAGAGGGCAGCGUGGCUUCUGUGUCUGUCUGUUCGUCCAGACCUUCCUCACGAUCCACUUUCCUCUUGGCGUUUCUGGGUGCGUCUGAUAAUUCUUCCUGUGAGAGCCAAACCAGACGGGCUCGGUGCUGGGGUAGAGCACUGGCCUGGGCCCCAGCUCGCCUCUGGAGACUCUGCCAGCACAAGAGGAGCAGGCAGGGGCUGGCAGCUUGGGGGCGGGGCUCCUCCAGCCUUCUGAGAUGAGGCCCUGUCGUCUGGGAGUCAGGGCUGGACUCACAAUCUUCAGCUGGUUCGAAAAGCCAGAGGCUGUGACUGCCCCCGAGAGCUUCCCCUGAGCUGCUCUGGGGGUCGCAGGCCCACUCCUGCUUUGCACUACGUUCACUUUGGAGCUUGGUUCUCUGUACCCCAGGGUCUCCUGUGAGGGGGCUGCUUGCUUUCUAAGGGUGAGGGAUCCUAAAGCUUAGACCUCCCAGCCUCGGGGGGGAAUUCUGACAGGAUGAAUGGCAAGAUGGGGUACGGAAGCCAUGAUGUUUGUCCAGGCCAAAGCGGGGUGCCCUGGGGUGUUUCCUGGCUGGGGUGGGGCGGACGGGAGCCCUGCAGCCUCCUGCUCCCAGCCCAAGCCCUGGUGGCCUGGGAAGGCCCACUGUGGCCCCUCCUUCCUCAGGACCACAUCUGGGACCCCAGCAAAGCUGCUGACAUUUUAUCCCCAUGAUUAGUUUACAGAGUAAAGCCACCCCUCGUCCCCACAGGGCACACAUGUCCACCUGGUCACCCGCUCUGCAGAGUUGGGCCCCACAGUGGAGGGCUGGGUACGACCUGUGUCUUACUCCCUCUCUGGCCCAGGGGCCACUCUGGUUCUCUGCCAAGGUUGCUUGCCCACUCCCGCUGCUCCCACAGCUGCUGCCUGACUCGUGGGCUCCACCCUUCCUCUCUGUGCCCUCCACUCCAGGGGGGACACCGCAUGCACUGGGAGUGGGCAGCCAGCCCCACCAUCAGCGACAGCCCUCCCUGCCACACGCUUUGUGCCUCCAAAGCUCCCCCCGCCUCGGUCGGGGCCUCAGACCAGCCAUCCUUUGUGGAGCAUUUGUGGCCCCAGCUGAACCAAACCCAGACUCCUGGGGCCUGGCUGGGCUGCCCCAGAGAACACUAAGGUGGCGACAUGGAGGGCCAGUGGACAAACCCACUCCAAAGCCAAGCCGGGACUGGCCACGGACCCAGCCUCCUGUGCCAUGUACUCACGGAGCUGCGUAGUGUCUCCUUAGAAAUAGUCAAAGCUUUGCUGAGAAAAUAAAUGUAUGACUAUAUUUGACAACAUAAAAAUCUAUAUAUUUUUCACCACUGGAAUUUAGCCAAGCUGCGUACCCCUCUGCUCCUGUCCGUGUCUUGCUGUCUGUGGCCUUCCUGUUGUGUCUUGUGUUUUGGUGGAUGUGGUCAGGGCUGGGGCCAUUGUCCACUCUGUCCUUGCUGCUGGAGAAGCCAGUCCCAAAGGGCUAGACGGGGCUGGACCCGAGGCCUAUGGAUGAGGCGGGUGGGACUGGCUGCCGCCCUCUGCCGCUGCUCCUGUUGGAGACCUGCCCAUCUGGGUUAGAGGGCCCAGCCCAGUGUUCAGGGUCUGCUUUCUGGGGAGUCUGAUGGGGCCUUUGACGGGCUUCUCUUCUCCUUGUCAGUGGAGGAGGCAGCUCACGGCCCCAGCCCUGGGACAGCCCGGGACGGUGGUGGCCGGUGGCCCCUGCCCGGCUCCUGGGUGUGUUUGUGUGCGUGCUUGGUAUCCGCAUCUAUGCAAAGGUGCAGCGCGGCUGGGGCGGCUCCACGCGGCAGAGGUGUGCAGCCUGCGGGCUCGGGCACCAGGCCCUGGCUCUGAGGGGCUGCUGCGCGAGGCCAGGGCCAGGGCGCCCGCUGAGAGCUCAUCCUCUAAAGCUUGGCCCUUUACCUUCCCGCUUACCACCCCCUCCUGUUGGGCUGUGACCUUCCCUCCUGCCCUCGGCUUCUGGAACAGAAGUCUUCGGGGCCUCCCCUCUGCCCAGCCUCCAGCAGGAGCUGAUCAGGACCCAAGGACAACAUUGCCAGGAACCACCUUCCGGAGCUGCUUGUCCCUUGGAGCCCAGCAGCUGGAAGCAGCUUUUCCUUAGUUGCAGGGCCUGGGCCAGGCGGCCCUGCUGCGCCUCUGGUCCAGGCUCAGGCAGGAAUCCAAGUUGGGGGCUGGGACUCUGCACAGAGAGCUGGCCUCGAGUGGAGUUUAGUCCAAAUAUCUCCCAAGGGGAUAACUUAGCUUUUUACCGAACACCCUUCCCAGUCGCCAAUAGCAUGGGGCUAUCUGACAGCACCUUGGGGCGGAGUGGACAAAUGACCAGGUUCUGGGGCUGAGGCCGACUGAGGGGCCUCUGCCCCGUGAAUCAUGACCCCUCUCUGACCCAGGGGGACAGUGCACACGAGUCAUGGUGCACACACAUUCGGCCAUCCCCUUCAUGGAGAAUCCAGGGGAUGCAGGAAGGGGGGAGGUGGGGCGGGGUCUUCACUUUCGUCUCCUUUGUCCUUUUGUUCAUGCAGAGUUGUACCUGCAGCAGACAGCUCUGAAUUAAAGCAUGAAAACACA